AUGGCGUGCUCGCCAGUCUUUAUGACACGCCGUGACAUCCUGCAAACCGCCCAUGAGCCGUUUGGGGAUGCCUUUUACUACGGCCCUGAGCGCCUCAGCGAGCGCUUCGCCGACGAUGAGGAGGCUAGGGUCAAGAGCGGCUUCUCCAAGUCGACCUACAAGACCAUCAUGGACCGGCUCGAGAACGACAGCAAAGAGGGUAAGCGUGUCUUCAUCAAGGACAUCGCUCAUUAUUUGCUCCCGCCCAACGGCAAGCCCGCCAACGUUGCUCCCACCCUCGUCGGCGGCCACAACCUGACCAACGGCUCCGACGACGACAGCAACGACGGCCAGUCCGUCAACGGCGCAGAACACACAGACGGCUUUGUCAACGGCCCCACAAACGGCGACGACGCUGCUGCGCCCGCCCACACAAACGGUUUCGUCAACGGGCCGACAAACGACAACGCCGAAGAGGACAACCCGACGGUGAUGCCGACCGAGAUGCUGCGCGGCUUCCACUGGACCUUCCUGAUCCGGCACCCGCGGCGGUCCAUCCCGUCCUACUACCGGUGCACGAUCCCGCCUCUGAGCGAGCUGACGGGCUUCGACGAGUUCAUGCCCUCCGAGGCCGGGUACGACGAGCUGCGCAGGCUGUUCGACUACCUGCUCGACCAGGGCAUCAUCGGCCCCGCCAAGGCCGGCGAUGAGGCUCCCCUGGACGAGGCGCUCAACGACACGAGCAGCGAGCGGAGUGUGGGUUCGGAGCGCUGCUCCAUCACCGUCAUCGACGCCGACGACCUGCUCAACAACCCCGAGGCCAUCCUCAAGACCUACUGCAAGGAGGUCGGCAUCGACUACAGCCCCGCCAUGCUGCAGUGGGGCGACGAGGACAACCAGCAGUACGCCGCCGAGGCCUUCAAGAAGUGGUACGGCUUCCACCACGACGCCAUCGACAGCACGUGCCUCCGGCCGAGGGCGGGUCAUCAUAAGGUCCCCACCGUCGAGGCUGAGAACGAGGAAUGGCGCAAGAAGUACGGCGAGGACGCUGCCCGGGUAAUUAGGCAGACGGUCGACGCAAAUGUCGCCGAUUAUGAGUACCUCAAGUCCUUUGCCAUCAAGGUCUAA